GCUCCGCUAUCAGUAGGUGCGGAAAGUGUGGGAAUUGACUGUGCUGUAGCUUCUAGAACUACAAGUUGUCUUCUAGUAUUAUUAAAAACAAACACAUUAAACUGAAUUAGCUCGACAGGAUUGAGAUGUUACAGUUUAGGGCUUCACUUGUGCUGAAGGAGUUGAUUCAAACCAGCCCUAAGCGUUUGUUAUCUGACAUUACAAGGCAUAAGAAGACUUUACCAAACGCGUACUUGUAUGGCGUUGCUUAUCCGGAUGGCAGAGUGUCUAAAUUAAAGACUGUCUGUAAUGGAAGAGCUUUCAUUCAGCCUUUAGCUGGGAAGAGAUUCCUAUGUACAAAGACCGAGGGAGCGAUUGACACUACAGAACCAGUGAAGAAAGAUGAGUCCGUCCAGGAAGCGACGGCAGAUAAGAGAAGGAAGGCUGGCAUCCUGCCCAGCUUGGAAGACCUGCUGUUUUACAGUAUUGCAGAAGGCCAGGAGAAGAUCCCAGCUCACAAAUUCAUUACCGCACUGAAGGCCACUGGACUUCGAACGGGAGAUCCACGGCUGAAAGAAUGUAUGGACAUGUUGAAAGUCACCCUCAAAUCCACGUCAGAUGGCGUGAUGCUGGACCGGCACCUGUUCAAAAAGUGUGUCCAGAGCAACAUUGUUCUCCUAACACAGGCCUUCCGGAAGAAAUUUGUCAUCCCAGAUUUUCAGUCUUUUGCCGCCCACAUCGAUACACUUUAUGAGAAGGGCAAAAAACUCACCGGGGGGCUGGUUGCUGACUACAUUCCCCAGCUUGCCAAAUUCAGCCCGGAUUUGUGGGCCGUUUCCCUUUGCACAGUAGAUGGACAAAGACACACAGUGGGCGACACUAAAGUGCCAUUUUGCCUGCAGUCGUGCGUGAAGCCGCUCAAGUACGCUAUUGCCGUGCAUGACCACGGCACUGAAUAUGUGCACCGAUUCAUUGGGAAAGAGCCCAGCGGCUUACGCUUCAACAAGCUCUUCCUGAAUGAGGAAGAUAAACCCCAUAAUCCAAUGGUGAAUGCUGGUGCAAUCGUGUGUACCUCUCUUAUCAAGCAAGGUGCAAGCAAUGCUGAGAAGUUUGAUUAUUUGAUGUGCUUCUUGAAGAAGAUGGCAGGAAAUGAAUAUGUUGGUUUCAGCAAUGCCACAUUCCAGUCGGAGCGUGAGUCAGGAGACAGGAAUUUCGCUAUUGGCUACUACCUGAAAGAAAAGAAGUGCUUUCCAGAUGGAACAGACAUGACUGCUGUUCUGGACUUGUACUUUCAGCUGUGCUCCAUUGAGGUAAAUUGUGAGAGCGCUAGCGUCAUGGCUGCCACACUGGCCAACGGCGGCUUCUGUCCAAUCACAGGCGAGCGUGUGCUGAGCCCUGAGGCCGUGCGAGACACCCUCAGCCUCAUGCACUCCUGCGGCAUGUAUGACUUCUCCGGACAGUUCGCCUUUCAUGUGGGUCUUCCAGCCAAAUCAGGUGUGUCUGGUGGUAUUCUGCUGGUUGUGCCCAAUGUGAUGGGUAUCAUGUGCUGGUCUCCUCCGUUGGACAAACUAGGCAACAGUGUCCGGGGCAUCCAGUUCUGCACGGACCUGGUGUCCUUGUUCAACUUCCACAACUAUGACAACCUCAGGCACUUCGCCAAGAAGCUCGAUCCACGCCGAGAGGGAGGGGACCAGCGGCAGUACACCUUCGGACCCCUGGAUUACGAGAGCCUUCAGAAAGAGCUGGCUCUCAAAGACACUGUGUGGACAAAAGUCUCACCCACUGAGUGCAAUGAAGACAGCUCUACUACUGUAGUCUAUAGGAUGGAGAAUAUCACAGAUGGCAACUAAAACGGAUCUGACUCCACUCAGCAAGCUCUUUAACAGUAUAUAUUUAUGUAUUUUAACAGUUAUUUAUUUUCACUGAAUCUCUGGGCACAUGUUGGUUCUUCACGAGUCUUGGUGAGUCUACGUAGUAAUGACUGCGGUAGAGGAUAUGGUCUAAAGCUUCUGUUUUAUCUAUCUGUGCUAACGCUUAAGCAUAGCAGAGGGUUUUAUUCUUCACUUGGACUACAUUGACUUUAGGUGCAGUGUGACAGACAACAGAUAGACAGCAAGUGUUUUUUUUUUUUUUUUUUUGUUUUUUUUUUUCGUUUGGAGUUGAGGAUUGGUUGCUGAACAGAGACUGCAGGUGGUUCUACACUACAACUGAAUGUUGUGGUCAUGCAUAAUUAACCUCGUCCUUACCACACGCAGAGUCUUCAGUGAGGCCUUUAACUUAAUGUCACAAGCGCAUGGAUGUCCUCGGAACUUUUUGCAAGACGUACUGUAUAGCUCAGUUAAUGGCAGUAAGGAUGACCUUCACUCCAAAUAAAAGCAAAAGUUCACUCAGAAGACGCACAUUUAAAGGAAUUGUUUACCCAAAAGUUAAAAUUCUGUCAUUAAUUAUUCACCCUCAUGUCUUUUCAAACCUUGUUCAUCUUCAGAACACAAAUUAAGAUAUUUUUGAUGAAAUCUGAGAGCUUUCUGACCCUGUAUAGGCAGCAAAAGACAUGUUCAAGGCCCAGAAAGGUAGUAUGGAUAUCAUUAAAAUAGUCCAUGUGACAUCAGUGGUUCAACCUUAAUUUUAUGAAGCGAUGAGAAUACUUUUUGUGCAAAGAAAACAAAAAUAGCUUUAUUCAGCUUCAUAAAAUGACUAUUGUAUCGAUGUCCUUACUACCUUUCUGGGCCUUGAACGUAUCAGUUGCAGGGCUCUGUGCUUACUUUCCUUUUUCGGAAAGUAACUUUAAUUUAGGAGCACAGUCAAAAUUUCAGGAGCACCUUCUAAUCAGUAAUCAAAAAAUCUGAUCAUUAUGAGGUUAUAUUUGACUCCUUAAAGUGGUUUACAUGGGAAUUUUGUUUUUACCUUUGUAAUGGCAUUUUUCUAACUUUAUUAAAAGUAUGUCACCUUUUAUGUCAAUUUUAUUUUAUUAUAUUUUAUAAGCUUUUUAAAAUAAGAACUUAAGUUACCAAUCAAAUGGAAUCAGUAUUAACAAAAUUAAUUUGUAUUACAGAGGUGGCACAGAAGAACACAAAAGUGGCUUGUAGGUGUAUUUUCAUGUUUAAUGAGGCUCAGAGGUGGCAUGAGUGCAAAUUCUUAAAUUUAUGUUGAGAUUAAUGUUUUGAAUAUAAACUUUUGAAUAUAAAAAUAUUAUAUGAUUUAAAUAACUGAAAAGAUACUUUAAAAAUAAAACUAAAACUGCCAGUAGGUGAUGGGAAGUCACUGAUUUAAUUACUGAAUCAUUCAUUUGAUUCGUUCGAACGGCUGAUUCAUUCAGGAAUAAAGCAAGUGACUGUCUUUAUGAAUGGGAAAUUGAAUCAUUGACUGAUUGAUUCAUUUAAAAACGCACAUUCAUUCAUAAACGAAACACCGCUGUGUUUGAAUGGAGAUGUGCAGCAGCUCAGGUUUGACUUUUCAGACUAUUUUUGACGACGAAAUAGAGCAAAAUCAGGCAAUAGUGUUAUAGUCAGACAAUGUAAGUCACUUAAUAUUAACUUCUUGUUUAUUUAACUGUUGUAUUAAAUUAAUAUCUCAUUUACAAACUCCCUUAAAAAUCAUCAAAAGCUGUCACUCAUAUUAUUUACACUCUCUCUGCACUUUGUUUAUGAAAGGAUUCAUGAGAUAUGCCUGUGAUACCUUACAAAAACACAUAGAAACCUUAGAAGCUCCCCUCAGCACAAACACAAAUAUGCUGAUCGGGUCAGGCGCACUGGUGCUCCUAAAUAUUUUUUCAUAGUCACAUGCAGUAGUUUUCGGUCACACAGUAAAGCCCUGAGUUGCAUCUCGGAUUUCAACAAAAAUAUCUUAAUUUGUGUUCUAAAGAUGAACGAAGGUCUCUUGGCAUGUAACGACAUGAGGGUGAGUAAUCAAAAACUGAAUUUUCAUUUUUGGGUAAACUACCUGUUAAAAAGCACCUCAUGUUGCAAAUGAGUUAUUAAUUUGUAGAUCUGUCAUGAUGCAUUCCUACUGAAUUGCUUGUUUUGGUGACUGUGUGUCCUUUGAGGACUGUUGUUGUUAUAAUGUGCAUUGGUUGCAUCAUAGAGCCGCACUUGUACUGCUCAGCAGCCAGUUGAAACCUGCUGCCAGACCAUCUUUGCAGUGAAAUCAGUCAGUAAUGUUACAAACCUUCCACUCUUUCGCUUGAACUUAGUUCUGUUUCACUCAGUAUAUUCUCAUUUAUUAUUGCUAGAAACAUUUAUGCACCUUAUUGAUAGUUCACAACGUUAGUUUAUAUCAAACUAAGCUUCUGAAGUUGUUUUAUUGGUGGAAAGAUGCUGCCCUUAUCAGGAAGUUAAGUAUUAUCUAUUUUUGUUUUAUAUGCGUGUUGCAAAAUGUUUUAAAAUCUUUUAAAUAUAAACGCUCAUUUUAUUUUUGCAUGACUUGCUUUGUGCUUUCACAGGCUUGUGUAUUUCUGGGUUUUGUUGCUUAGUUUCACGAGUUUUGCGCGUGUGUGUUUUUGUAUUGUUUUCAUGUCUUGUUUUUGUGCUGCUUUAUUGGAGAAGUGUUUCUCAUGCUCACUGACAGCUUUAACAGUCACUGUAUGAGUUUAUCACAGCUCGCUCUGAUUACUUGAACUGUCCUGAGUCUAACAGAACAGCUGUCAAAUGCUUCAUCACAAUAUAUUAUCAUCCGAUUUUACUCAAUGUCAUAACAGUUCUGUUUAUUUUCUAUUGUUUUCUCAUUGUGUAUUUAUGUAACUUGUUCUGGUUUUCUUUUUUUGUAUCAUUAAUAAAUGUAUUUAAUCUAA